AUGAAAAGAAAACAAACCUUCGGAGAUCAAAAAAAUGAAAAGAAAACCAAAGCCAACACCGACUUGUUGUCAUCAGGCAACGAACCAUUCUAUCUUCCGGAUGAGAUGAUCACAAUCAUUCUCUCCUAUUUACCAAAUGCUCAAAUUUUACGUCGAUGUAUUCUCGUUUCAAAGCAAUGGUUGAUUGUGUGUGGUAAUUUAAACUUGGUUUUGAAUACAAAUAGCUGGUCUUCAUGUGGUCCUGUCACUCUGAAAAAGAGGUUGAAUAGUAGUUUUGCAAAUUGUUUUACUAGUUUGCACAUUGAAAAGAGAACUAGUUUGAAGGAUGAAAUUUCACUCAUUGGUGAAAGCAAGUUGACUAGAUUACAAUAUUUAACAAUUGGGAAAUCUAGUAUUAAUAACAGUGGAUUGGACGCAUUUUUGUCAACUCCUAAUGUAUCUCAUCUCAAGUAUCUGAAUCUGUAUUACAAUAGCUUGAAGAGUGACAGUACAGUGAAUGGUUUUAAAAAUGUUCCAAACUUGGAAACUUUAGUCUUGAGUAGAAAUAUUCUCUCUAAGGACACAAUUAGAGUGAUUGUCGAUAAUUGUCCUAAAUUGAAAUGUUUAAAGCUUGCAGAGACGUUUAUUGAAAGUGAAGGUUUAGAAAUAAUUGCCAGCAGUGAAAAUAUGUCAAAUUUGGUAACAUUGGAUCUUGCACAAACACACUUGCUCUCAACAGGAGCUACAUGUUUAGCCAAUAGUCCCUAUCUCAACAAUUUAACUUUUUUAGAAAUGUAUUGGUGUGGCAUUGAAACAAGUGGUAUUAAGGAUUUGUGUGAAAGUGGUAAACUCAAGAAUCUUAGAACACUUGGAUUGUGUAGAAAUAGUAUUGGUACUGAAGGAGCAAAAUACAUUGCCAAUUGUGAAGAUUUAUCGCAUCUCACAGAACUAAACAUUGGUUUCAAUGAAAUAAUGGACGAAGGAGCUAAAGCUAUAUUCGAAAGUUCUCACCUUUCUAAGUUGAGAAGCCUUAAUAUUUCCAAGAAUAAGAUGGGUGGGACAAGUGAAGGAUAUGAUGCCAUGAUACAAUGUAAAUGGUUAAAGAAUCUUCACACAUUUUCCAUUGCAGAUAACACUAUUUCCUACUAUGGAUCGACCCUAUUCCAAAAGUGUGAUUUAAGCAGUGUGGAAUCCUUAGAUUUAGACAAUACACGUAUCAAGACGAGUUCAGCAAAAAUCAUUACAGAAUCUGAUACCUAUCAAAACUUGAACGAUUUGAGAAUUAGUAGAAAUUCAACUCUUGACGAUGAUACAGCGCAGGACUUUGCCAAUUCUACAACUCUCACCAAGCUCACCUAUUUAGACAUUUAUAGAACCAAGAUUUCAGUGAGUGGAAUCCACCUCAUUAAGAAGAAUACCAAUUUUCCAGCCAAUUUGGAGGUUGAUCUUCCGUUUGCCAAUGUUGAAACCACUGCGAAUAAGUUAAGAAUCAUAGAAUCAAUUGAGGAGGAAUGAAAAGAGGCAAUUGCCUUAUUAACCUCUUAUCCAAGAACCUAUCCAAUCAAUCAACUUGUUCAAUGUUAAUAAACAUUACAAUGUUUCAGC